AUGGAAUGGACUAUGAAGGCCAUGGAAAGUCUUCUGGACUUCAAGGAUAUAUUAGUAGUUUUGAUGAUAUUGUGGUUGGUUGCUCUAAGUACUUUGCAAGUGUCUGUGAUAGUAGAAGAUAUGAAGCCUCACCCCAUUGUGAUUUCAAUUUUAAGUAAGCUCAACAAUGUGAUCCCUACAUGGAGAAUCAUUCCUAAUGAAGAUAUCAUAGAUAGGGCAAUUAAAAGCGAGGAGUGGCGUGAAGAGGUAAGAAACAAUCAUUAUUGCUACAAAGGAAAGCCUAGGCUAAAGACUGGUUAUGAAAUUUUCAUGGCAAGCUUGGAUAUUGAAAGCAAUCUUGAUAAGGUUACUCUACCAUUCAUCAUAGUCCAUGGUGGUGACGAUGCUGUAACUGACCCCACAGUAAGCGAGACACUAUAUACAUUAGCGAAGAGCAAGGGCAAGACAUUGAAGCUGUACCCUGGGAUGUGCCAUGCUUUGACUUCAGGAGAACCCAAGCAGAACAUUGAUAUUGUGUUUUCAGACAUCAUCAAAUGGUUGAAUGAGAGGGUACCAUCAAUUUCCCAGCUUGGAUCCAACAGCGGCACAGCGGUGGGCGGCGGCAGCGGCGGGACCGUGAUGAGGAGCAGCGGCAGCAGCAACGGCGGCGGGGCAGAUGAUGGCGGCGAGGUGCUCCUGGACCACGAGUACAAAGAGGAGUACGUGAGGAACUCGCGGGGGACGAGACUCUUCGCAUGCACAUGGCUGCCUGGCAAGAGGAGGACACCAAAGGCGCUCGUCUUCCUCUGCCAUGGCUACGCCGUGGAGUGCGGGGUGACGAUGCGCGGCACCGGCGAGCGCCUGGCGCGUGCGGGCUACGCCGUGUACGGGCUGGACUACGAGGGCCACGGCCGCUCCGACGGGCUGCAGGGCUACGUGCCGGAUUUCGAGUUGCUGGUCCGGGACUGCGACGACUACUUCACCUCCGUGGUGCGGCGGUCGCAGUCGCAGUCAAAGGACGACAGCAAGCCGCGGUUCCUGCUCGGGGAGUCCAUGGGCGGCGCCGUGGCUCUCCUCCUCCACCUCAGGCGGCCCGAGUUCUGGAGCGGCGCCGUGCUGGUGGCGCCCAUGUGCAAGAUCGCCGACGACAUGCGGCCGCACCCGCUGGUGGUGAACAUCCUCAGGGCCAUGACCUCCAUCAUCCCGACGUGGAAGAUCGUGCCGAGCAACGACGUGAUCGACGCCGCCUACAAGACGCAGGAGAAGAGGGACGAGAUCCGGGGCAACCCUUACUGCUACAAGGACAAGCCCAGACUCAAGACCGCAUACGAGCUGCUCAAGGUCAGCUUGGACCUCGAGCAGAACCUCCUACACCAGGUGUCGUUGCCGUUCCUGAUCGUACACGGAGGGGCAGACAAGGUGACGGACCCGUCGGUGAGCGAGCUGCUGUACCGAUCGGCGGCGAGCCAUGACAAGACGCUCAAGCUAUACCCGGGCAUGUGGCACGCCCUCACCUCCGGCGAGUCGCCCGACAACAUCCACGCAGUUUUCCAAGACAUCAUCGCCUGGCUCGACCACAGAUCAUCCGAUACGGACCAGAAGGAGCUGCUGUCGGAGGUGGAGCAGAAGGCCAGGCACGACGACCAGCAUCAUCACCAGCAGCACGGCGGCAACAAAUAG